CAGUAGGAUCCCCGGACACUGGCCACUUCCUGGUUUGGUGGCUCCGGUGUCCCAGCUAUGACAGAGGGCUCCGCGGAGCCUCCUCCCUGCCCGGGGGCCCGGCGCCGCCGCUUCCUCCUCUCCCUGCCCAAUGUGUUCCCGGGCAGGACCCGCGCUGUGCCCGAGCCCUCUGUGCCAUCUCCGCCGCCCUCUCCUCCUCCCCCCACCGUACCGGCCUCGGUGUUCCCGCCGCCAUCGCCCCCCGCGGGCCCUGACUCGCUGCUGGAGUGCCCCCUGUGCCUCAUCCGCCAGCCCCCCGAGGAGCUGCCCGAGUUACUCAGCUGCCGUCACCGGUCAUGUCUGCGCUGCCUGCGCCAAUACCUGCGGAUCGAGAUCACCGAGAGCCGGGUGAACCUGCGCUGCCCGGAGUGUGCCGAGCGGCUCAGCCCCCAGCAUGUCCGGGCCAUCCUGCGGGACCCCCCGCUCACCCGCAAGUACGAGGAGUUCCUGCUGCGGCGCUGCCUGGCCGCCGACCCCGACUGCAGAUGGUGCCCGGCCCCGGACUGCGGGUGAGAUAUGUGCUCCUUCCCACCAUGGUAACUGUGUGCCAGGCUGAGAGAGACAUCCAUGGUAACUGUGUGCCAGGCUGUGAGAGACAUCCAUGGUAACUGUGUGCCAGGCUGUGAGAGACAUCCAUGGUAACUGUGUGCCAGGCUGUGAGAGACAUCCAUGGUAACUGUGUGCCAGGCUGAGAGAGACAUCCAUGGUAACUGUGUGCCAGGCUGAGAGAGACAUCCAUGGUAACUGUGUGCCAGGCUGAGAGAGACAUCCAUGGUAACUGUGUGCCAGGCUGUGAGAGACAUCCAUGGUAACUGUGUGCCAGGCUGUGAGAGACAUCCAUGGUAACUGUGUGCCAGGCUGUGAGAGACAUCCAUGGUAACUGUGUGCCAGGCUGUGAGAGACAUCCAUGGUAACUGUGUGCCAGGCUGUGAGAGACAUCCAUGGUAACUGUGUGCCAGGCUGAGAGAGACAUCCAUGGUAACUGUGUGCCAGGCUGAGAGAGACAUCCAUGGUAACUGUGUGCCAGGCUGAGAGAGACAUCCAUGGUAACUGUGUGCCAGGCUGAGAGAGACAUCCAUGGUAACUGUGUGCCAGGCUGAGAGAGACAUCCAUGGUAACUGUGUGCCAGGCUGAGAGAGACAUCCAUGGUAACUGUGUGCCAGGCUGAGAGAGACAUCCAUGGUAACUGUGUGCCAGGCUGAGAGAGACAUCCAUGGUAACUGUGUGCCAGGCUGAGAGAGACAUCCAUGGUAACUGUGUGCCAGGCUGAGAGAGACAUCCAUGGUAACUGUGUGCCAGGCUGAGAGAGACAUCCAUGGUAACUGUGUGCCAGGCUGAGAGAGACAUCCAUGGUAACUGUGUGCCAGGCUGAGAGAGACAUCCAUGGUAACUGUGUGCCAGGCUGAGAGAGACAUCCAUGGUAACUGUGUGCCAGGCUGAGAGAGACAUCCAUGGUAACUGUGUGCCAGGCUGUGAGAGACCUCCAUGGUAACUGUGUGCCAGGCUGUGAGAGACCUCCAUGGUAACUGUGUGCCAGGCUGUGAGAGACCUCCAUGGUAACUGUGUGCCGGGCUGUGAGAGAGACAUCCAUGGUAACUGUGUGCCAGGCUGAGAGAUACAUCCAUGGUAACUGUGUGCCGGGCUGUGAGAGAGACAUCCAUGGUAACUGUGUGCCAGGCUGUGAGAGACAUCCAUGGUAACUGUGUGCCGGGCUGUGAGAGAGACAUCCAUGGUAACUGUGUGCCAGGCUGUGAGAGACAUCCAUGGUAACUGUGUGCCAGGCUGUGAGAGACAUCCAUGGUAACUGUGUGCCAGGCUGAGAGAGACAUCCAUGGUAACUGUGUGCCAGGCUGUGAGAGACAUCCAUGGUAACUGUGUGCCAGGCUGUGAGAGACAUCCAUGGUAACUGUGUGCCAGGCUGAGAGAGACAUCCAUGGUAACUGUGUGCCAGGCUGAGAGAGACAUCCAUGGUAACUGUGUGCCAGGCUGAGAGAGACAUCCAUGGUAACUGUGUGCCAGGCUGAGAGAGACAUCCAUGGUAACUGUGUGCCAGGCUGAGAGAGACAUCCAUGGUAACUGUGUGCCAGGCUGAGAGAGACAUCCAUGGUAACUGUGUGCCAGGCUGAGAGAGACAUCCAUGGUAACUGUGUGCCAGGCUGAGAGAGACAUCCAUGGUAACUGUGUGCCAGGCUGAGAGAGACAUCCAUGGUAACUGUGUGCCAGGCUGAGAGAGACAUCCAUGGUAACUGUGUGCCAGGCUGAGAGAGACAUCCAUGGUAACUGUGUGCCAGGCUGAGAGAGACAUCCAUGGUAACUGUGUGCCAGGCUGAGAGAGACAUCCAUGGUAAUGCCAGGCUGAGAGAGACAUAACUGUGUGCCAGGCUGAGAGAGACAUGCCAUGGUAACUGUGUGCCAGGCAUCCAUGGUAAGACAUCCAUGGUAACUGUGUGCUGUACAUCCAUGGUAACUGCCAGGCUGUGAGAGACAUCCAGCCAGGCUGAGAGAGACAUCCAUGGUAACUGUGUGCCAGGCUGAGAGAGACAUCCAUGGUAACUGUGUGCCAGGCUGAGAGAGAAUCCAUGGUGUGUGCCAGGCUGAGAGAGACAUCCAUGGUAACUGUGUGCCAGGCUGAGAGAGACAUCCAUGGUAACUGUGUGCCAGGCUGAGAGAGACAUCCAUGGUAACUGUGUGCCAGGCUGAGAGAGACAUCCAUGGUAACUGUGUGCCAGGCUGAGAGAGACAUCCAUGGUAACUGUGUGCCAGGCUGUGAGAGACAUCCAUGGUAACUGUGUGUGCCGGGACUGUGAGAGACAUCCAUGGACGCUGUGUGUGCCGGGACUGUGAGAGACAUCCAUGGACGCUGUGUGAGUCAUCCAACAUGGUGGCCUCUACGUGUCGUCCACCAUGGAGCCCAGGACUGAAGUCUACUGUGUGUAGUAUGGACAAAUAACACUUAAGCGCUGCCCUAUUGUGUACUAUACAUUAGAUAAAUGUAUUUCCCACCUCUAAUAUAUAAAGGCAUAGGUUUGUAUUUCUGGUGAAUUUCUGCCUCUUGUAAACUAUAAACAUACCCGGGCAAUGGGAUGUGUCAAUGAAUACAUGGCAAUUCUGCAAACAUACUCUACAUGCCUACCAUUUACACAAGCCACGUUUUGCUGUUAAUUCAGAUUGGCAAAACUGAUGCAAAAAUAGCUGAUCUGGAGAAAGAAAAUCAUCAAAUCAGCUAUAUAGUCACAGCUUGGCUAUUUUUACAUUAUUGUUGCCAUUUGGAAUGGAUUCUUGAAAAUUCUGAGUUUGUUGAAUAACCCUGAAUAUGUUAUCCAUUUCCUUAUUCAUCAAGUACUUGAAAACCUCACCUUGAACGUUCCAAUUAGUUAUCGUGCUUUCUGUUUUCUUUACAAUGUGCAAUCUCCUACGUCAGUGAUGGCUAACUUUCUUGUUACGGCUGCUGUGCACUGCAGUUCAUGCUCAGUUGAAUGGCCAUAUUAACUACCUGUCCAUUAGUUAGCAGUGGUUGACUACAUUCUAAUAUGCUGGUUAGCAAGAAUUACGGCUACCUCGACUUCAGGGAAGUGUAGUUCAUAACAACUGGUGUGUUUCAGGUGUUUUUUUUUUUUUUUUUUUACUUGUCAACUCCUAAUGGCCAAGUAGUUUCUAAUUAUCAAAUGCUUUUGAUUUUAUUGGUGAAUUUUGUUUUUUCUUCUUGUGGAUGGAAACCCUGUCACUUCAGGUCUUUUUGAGCAUGAUGGAUUCAUCCAUAUGCAUUUCUCUGUAAUAAUGUAAAAUGUCAUGACGUAAGAAAAUGUAAUAGAAAUUCAUAGCAAAUACAAUUAAUGGUGACAAUUGGUAGAGAUAAGGAGAAGGUAACUCCCACCUUACCUUUCAAUAACCUCUCAUUUGUUUAACAGUCUAUUUGUGAUGUAACCUAUGUGGUGUUUUUAUUAGGUAGUUUUAGUAGGUUAUUUGCCAUAGACUGUUUGUUAGGUGGACCUGAGCAUGUACUAUAAUCUUGCACACAAGUUGUGUGAUUGUUUCAUACUUGUCAAUUUCUUAUAGUCUGUUGGUAUGAAAUCCUAAUCCAUAUUGUUGUUAGAAUAAAUUAACCACUCACAUGGCACAGAAGGAGAUGUGGUGGGAUUCUGUGAUUUUGUAGUCUGAAGUUAUAAUUUCUACAGGACAGGAUUUGUAUGUGGGUUGCUGAUAGUUAUAACAGCUGGCGCCCUCUCUUCUGUGUACCCAACUCAUUAAAGUCAAGUUUCCCAUUGUGUGUUGUUGGAUCAUUGCUAAAAUAUUCACAAAAAUGAGUCAUACUGACUUAUUGGGAGGAAUUUGCAGUUCUUAUGAAUGUUUUCCAGCAUUUUGGAUGUAAGAGCAUUAUAGGAGAUGUAAUCCACAUCCGCAAUAUCUGUAAUGCUGAAGGUUGCCUAUUCCUGCAAUAGUAUAUCUCUGUUAAAAAUAACAAGCAAAAAAAAACAACCUUUUUACUAGGUUAAAUAUUGCACUCACUCAUCGUAAAUGAGAAGAAGCCUUUGUAUAUAUUUAAUGUAAUAGACUUCCACCUUCCUUCACAGAUCUUUUAGCAGUGUGCCUAGAGGUAUACCUUCAAUUAAGCCAGAGUCCGUACAAUAGUUCAGAAUGCCAAACAAUAAAAGGAUAAACAUAUCUACUGCCCUUUAAAAAACGAAUUCAGAGCAUAUCAUAUAUUGCCAAAACAGCAUGUCCGUUUGAGGGGAAAGUCUUAAGAGAAGCCAUUCACUUUAUUCUUAGUAUAUACAAAAAUAAAAUAAAAAAAUGAUAGUGUGUAAGGCUCGGCCUGUAGUUGUGGGAGGGGCUAGGUUUCCCUUAAGGGACGUCUGACCACUCCCCAUUAUCGUUUUCAGUCUGGUGCAUACCAUGACUUCCGGUCUGUGCAAACCGCCAUUUUACUUACCUUCAACUCAUGUGAACGAUUACCUGGUCCUGCAGCUCCUGUUCAUCUGUUUCGCUGUCUUUCAACUCUCCAGAACCUUGAAAUGAUUCCCAGUCACUUCGUUGAGUGAAUCAUAAAAAACGUGAGUCGAGCCGCCAGUCACAACUCAGUCGUGGGCGCUCAGCAUCAUUUCGGGGCAGCUGUAUGCUUUAAUCUCCUUUUCUGUUUUCUCGCGGCUAUGUGAAAGAUUAGGCUAUAGUACGGUCUUUCGUCUAUUUCCAGCCUGUUUGUAUCCCAUUUAGGUUUAGUGGCCUUUCGGGAGCAUGUGCACGAACGCACUUGUUCGGCUCAAACGGUCGAAAACCAAGUUGUUGGAUUUCGUACAGUUUUCGUUAAUCUCGUAACGUUCGCUUAUAUACGAGGGUUGUUCAUAUAUUUAUAACCAAAUGCCCUAUUUUAGAAGUAGGUUUCACACGAUUUCAUAUGAAUUGUUUUACUUCACUGUUUCAGUUAAAGGACCACUCUAGGCACCCAGACCACUUCAGCUUAAUGAAGUGGUCUGGGUGCCAGGUCCUUCUAGGGUUAACCCAUUUUUUCAUAAUUAUUGCAGUUUCAGAGAAACUGCUAUAAUUAUGAAUGGGUUAAGCCUUCCCCCUAAUCCUCUAGUGGCUGUCUCAUUGACAGCCACUAGAGGCGCUUGCGUGCUUCUCACUGUGAUUUUCACAGUGAGGACGCAGCGUCAUAGAAAGCAUUGUAAAUGCUUUCCUAUACGGCUGAAUGGCACAGCUCUUGCGCUGCGCGCAUUCAGCGGCCGGGGAGGGAGGAGGAGAGCUCUCCGCCCAGCGCUGGAAAAAGGUAAGUUAUUACCCCUUUCCCCCUUCCAGAGCCGGGCGGGAGGGGGUCCCUGAGGGUGGGGGCACCCUCAGGGAACUAUAGUGCCAGGAAAACGAGUAUGUUUUCCUGGCACUAUAGUGGUCCUUUAAAUACUGUUUUAAAUGUCUGCCUCUAGUGGUCAGUUUUGAUAUUGCACAGGAGUUUAAACGUGCAGUAAUUAUCUGACUUCAAUUAAACUCUUGUGCAAUAUCAAAAUUGACCACUAAAGGUUGACAUCAAACAUGCAGUAAUUACCUGACUUCAAUUAAUGUUGACCUUUAGUGGUCAAUUUUGAUAUUGCACGGGCUAUAUUUGAUAUUUUAUUCAGGUCAAACAAGCACUUGCUUGUUAAUUAUUUUUUCACGUCUUAUCAGUAUAUCCUGACGUUACGCAUGUUUCUCUUUGUAGGGGACUCAAUUGUGUUAUACAGGUUAAUUGCCAGUUCUUAUUGUUCAAACCAUAGGAAGGUUAUCUACCUUCUAACUUAAGUUACAUUAAGGCCAUUGUUCUUUCGGGCACGACUCUAAAAUUUUGCUCUCCAGAAACAAUUAGGUGGGUUUAUACGUGUUUAUAUUAUAUUCAUAUCAUAGCGAUCGGAUGCAGUAUUACAGGCAUUAUAUCUGUUUCAGAUCCACAGAGCAUUCUGCAUUGGAGCUCCAUCACUGCUACUAUUCACUAUUCACUGUGCGUUUGGUUAGUUGUUACAGUUAUUCCGGCCCACUGAUGGCCCUCAUUAGUUUGUCUAGUCCUUAAUGUUUAUUUUCUACACGUAAUCCUAUGGAAUGUAUAUAAAUUCUUCGAUUCGGUUAACCCCCUCUUGGGGACCGAUGACUGUCCUGAACCGUCAUAACGGUCUGGGGCCUUUUACCUGAUCGCCGUCGGUCCCCCGGCGGCGAUCAGCGCUCCUCCCAGUCCAGGGGGACUGCCUGUCUGCCUGGGCAGUCUCCCCUCGGCCGAUCAGGACCCUGCGGCCAUGUGAUCACUCGAUCACGUGGACGCAAUAGGUGCCUGUGUAUCUGCCUGCAGGGGGAGUGUAUAAAAAUAAAAAUAAAGCAAUCAGUGUAAAAAAAAGUGUGUGUGUGUGUGUAUGUAUGUAUGUAUAUGUAUGUAUAUGUGUGUGUGUGUAUAUAUAUAUAUAUAUAUAUAUAUAUAUAUAUAUAUAUAUAUAUAUUCAUACUAAGUGUAUAUUAAUAUAAAAGUACACUUUUAAUUUAAAUUACACACGUGUGUGUGUGUAUAUAUAUAACUAUAUGUAGUGUGUAUAUAUAUAUGUAUAUGUGUGUGUGUGUGUGUGUGUGUGUAUAUAUAUAUAUAUAUAUAUAUAUAUAUAUAUAAAAUAUAUUAUAAAUUAUAAAUAUGUUAAAAAUAAAUAACAAAAAGUAAAUAAUUUUAAUUAAAAAAUUAUAUAUGUAAUUUUAUUCUAACAGUAUUUUGAUAUUAAUAUAUAUAUAUUUAUAUCAAAAUACACUUAGAAUGUAAUGAUAUAUAUAUCUAUGUAUAAAUAAAAAUAAUACGAAAUAUACAUAUGUCCAUGUACAUAAUUUCAUAAAUAUACACGUAGACGUCAAAUAAAUAUGUAUAUAUUAAAAUUCUACGUGCGUAUUUAUGUAAUAUUUUUACCUAAUUAAGUAAUUUUAAUGAUUGCAAUUUGAGGGACCUGCCUGCCAAUCCAGGCCAAAAGUCCAGAGAAUUUAAUUUGCUAGCACUGUGUUUAACCCUAUAACUUUCUAUGACACCCUAAAACCUGUACAUGGGGGGAACUGUUUUACUCGUGAAACUUCGCUGAACACAAAUAUUAGUGUUUCAAAACAGUAAAACAUAUCACAGCGAUGAUAUUGUCAGUGAAAGUGAAGUUUUUUGCAUUUUUUACACACAAAAGGCACUUUCACUGAUGAUAUUAUUGCUGUGAUACAUUUUACUGUUCUGAUACACUAAUAUUUGUGUUCAGCGAAGUCUCCUGAGUAUAACAGUACCCCACAUGUAGAGGUUUUAUAGCGUUUGUGAAAGUUACAGGGUCAAAUAUAAGGCUUGAUUUAACUUUUUUUUUUGUUGUUGAAAUUUGUCAGAUUGGCUAGGUUGCCUUUGAGAGCGUAUGGUAGCCCAGGAAUGAGAAUUAUCCCCAUGAUGGCAUAUCAUUUGCAAAAGAAGAUAACCCAAGGUAUUGCAAAUGGGGUAUGUUUAGCCUUUUUUAAUAGCCACUUAGUCAAAACACUGGCCAAAGUUAGCGUUUUUUGAAUUUUUAACACACAAACAAAUAUAAAUGCUAACUUUGGCCAGUGUUUGUGACUAGGUGGCUACUAAAAAAGACUGGACAUUACCCCAUUUGCAAUACCUUGGGUUGUCUUCUUUUGCAAAUGAUAUGCCAUCAUGGGGAUAAUUCUCAUUCCUGGGCUACCAUACGCUCUCAAAGGCAACCUAACCAAUCUGACAAAUUUCAAUAAAAAAAAAAAAAAAAAAGUUAAAUCAAGCCUUAUAUUUGACCCUGUAACUUUCACAAACGCUAUAAAACCUCUACAUGUGGGGUACUGUUAUACUCAGGAGACUUUGCUGAACACAAAUAUUAGUGUAUCAGAACAGUAAAUUUUUCUUGUAUCUGUUUCUAUAUUCAAGGGAGACCGGGUCUUUGACACUUAACUGGGGAUUGGAUGUUAUCACUAGUUCUGUAUAGCAAGUUACCUUAAUUAAUGCCUUGGUGUAUUAUUAUUUAACUAAGUUUAGGAUCCUUAUCUUAAUACACCUGUAAUGGUGGCUUCCUUCAAUGCUUGCGUCAAUUCUACUCAAGUGUAUAGUAUACUCUCUUGACUAUAUUACCAUGUUUAUGUCCCUUAACAGCACUACUGUUUUAUCUUAAGUCUGUUGUUCUACUCUCGAGGAGGUCCCGGGCAGGGCCACGCACAUACUUCUCACAUAAUUCAUUAUAUCUUUAGGUUCAUUAUUAGGACUGCUGCUUUCAAUUGUAUCUGUUUUUUUUCCAUAAGGGUCAUAGGUUAGAGGAAAUUUGUAUCAAGGGCAUUACUGAUAACAUGGUUAUAACAGGUUAUGGAGUACUCAGCAUUUUAGGGCAACAUUACUCAUCAUACCCCUUAUACUACAUUCAUUAGGUAGGUUUUAUAGAUUAUUUGGUUGGAUCCACGAGCUGGCCUUACAUCUCACUCAAGUAUGUUAAAUCAUCGUAUCUUUAGGUGCUAGGUAUCUACGAUUUACUGCACAGCCUCCUACUUAUGGCUGAACGAUACAUCGCUACAUCUCCUGCUAGGCAAAACAGGAUAUCUACUUUUACAUAACAUACCACAAUUCCUUCUAUAUCUCGUUAACCCUGUAGGUCUGUGCCAAUCAACCUUCCGUGUCAUACCGCAUUUCUGACUAUUCGUUCUCAGAUACGUCAAAUUACACAUACUCAUUCAAAACCUUACCCUGCCUUCCUUAGUUUCAUUACUGGCUGGUAGGGCACCAAGAGCCCGAUAGCUUAUACUUUCUCAGGCCUCUACUCCUUACGUUAGUGGUCCCGCGAGGCCAACAUCCAUCCUCAUACUCGGAGGUAUUACACCCAUCGGCCCAACACAUAGUCACUUCGCAUGGUGGCAUAGAGAGGGCUUCAUCUGUCACGCCCCUUCUAUCUUAUGCUUCAAAAGUCACAGAGAGGCCGACACCCCGCCACAAGUUCGGUUGCCACGUAAUCCCCUCAUGCCAACGCAUAGAUAGAGCCUCUCAAACUGCUGGGCAUCUAAUAGAGCCUCACCCGUCACCAACUUGUUUAAUGGUUUUGUCACUUGGCAAUAGCUAGUAUACCAGUAUGUCGUUUGCAAAAGAAGAUAACCCAAGGUAUUGCAAAUGGUACACAGAACUACUUCAUGCUGUUUUAACACAUCCCUGCCCAGCACUCCUACUAGGUCUGAUACAACAUCACACAAGGGACAUGGCUAGUCCUACUUCUAUUAGAUCUUGGACUAUACCUCGCAUCACAGCAGAACUUUUGAAUAGCCAUAAGGUACCAGCACAGCUAUAUAAACCAAUUAUCAAACCACAUACAUAUUUUUCACAUAUAUAGGUACCACUAACCAGGCUUUUAGUAAGGAAACGACAGCUUAGUAUUAGAACUGUGUCUAGUAUUGUAAUCCUACCCUGUUGUAUAAUUAUAUUGAGCAGAUUUAAUUACAUCGGAUGUAACUGUGGGGCCUGUAGAAUUAAAUGUGUGUAAGCUACGUGGCUAGUACUAUUAGGUAUUGGUAAGUUCCUUCUGUCCAAUUAUACUGGAUUAGAACAUCACGUGAUGAACUAUAUUCGGUACAGACAGUAGUUUUGGUUAUCAGUAACAGGUAUUGGUCCAUAUUUGCCUGUCAGGUAGAGUUUGUUAGCUGGUUAGAUACAGUAGGAAUAUAUAUUUAGGUUGCCCUAUGUAAUUGGAUUGCAUGUAUUCAACAUUACAUUUCAUUCACGUUCAUAUCAAUUCAAGACUUCACUCCAUUCCCCUAUACCAGUAAUAGCGAACCUUUUUGAGCCAGAGUGCCCAAACCGCAAUACAUGCCAACUUUUUUUUCCUCCUCAAAGUGCCAAGAUGGCAAUUAAACCUGAAUACUGAGGUUUAAGUUUAGAAAAAAAACUACUCCUACAGUUGUCCGAACUAAUUAACAACUUUUGUUUUAAAAGAACACAUCAGAGUUCAAUGAUACAAAUUAUAAAUUAUGAUAUAAAUAGAUAAAAUUAAGCUUAUAUUUAUUAGUAUCUCCAACAAAUGCAAUACAUACACACAGACUGCUGAACGCAUACACACACCGUCUGCUAAAUACACACACACACACACCGUCUGCUAAAUACACACACACACACACCGUCUGCUAAAUACACACACACACACCGUCUGCUAAAUACACACACACACACCGUCUGCUAAAUACACACACACACACACACUGUCUGCUAAAUGCGCACACACCGUCUGCUAAAUGCGCACACACCGUCUGCUAAAUGCGCGCACACCGUCUGCUAAAUGCGCGCACACCGUCUGCUAAAUGCGCGCACACCGUCUGCUAAAUGCGCGCACACCGUCUGCUAAAUGCGCGCACACCGUCUGCUAAAUGCGCGCACACCGUCUGCUAAAUGCGCGCACACACAGUCUGCUAAAUGCGCACACACCGUCUGCUGAGUACACACACACACACACACACCGUCUGCUGAGUACACACACACACGCACACACCGUCUGCUGAGUACACACACACACACACACACCGCCUGCUGAGUACACACACACACACACACACACACCGUCUGCUGAGUACACACACACACACACACACACACACCGUCUGCUGAGUACACACACACACACACACACACACACCGUCUGCUGAGUGCACACACACUCACAGUCUGCUGAGUGCACACACACUCACAGAGUGCAUUGAGGGGUGCAGUGUAUGUGUUUGUGUGUAAGGGUGUGGAGUGCUGUGUGUGGGGGGAGUACUGUGGGGUGUGUGUGGUGGGUAGGUGGGGUGUGUGUGUGUGUGUGUGUGGUGGGUAGGGGUAAAGUAACAUAAAAAAAAAAAAGUUGCAUUAAUUCUGUAUCCCCCCUCCCUUCCUCUUACCUUUGGUGAAGGAGGGGGGACACAGCCAUCCCUGGUGGUCCGGUAGUGGUAAGUAUUGUAGGAAGCAGCGAUCCUGUGUGGAGCGUUGCCAUGGUAACGUGCGGCAACGCUCCCCACAGCUUGCUCGCAGGAGGAUAGGAGAGCUGCUUCCUAGAGCCCUCCCCCAGCAAGCACUUACUUACCUUCCCAGCAGCUCCCCUGUCUAAAUCUCGCGAGUCCUGUGGCCGUCAGAGUGUUGCCACGGGUUACCAUUUACACAGGAGAGCUGCUGGGAAGGUAAGUGAGCGCUUGCUGGGCCCCCACUGCACAGUCCAUGCCACCGGACCACCAGGGAAUGGCAUAGACCCCCUCCCUGGACAGGUAACAAGCAGGGAGGGGGGACUGGAAAAAAAUAAAUAUUAAUAUUUAAAAAAACAUUUAAAAUAAAAAAUGCCUCCCCUCCCCCACCCUAUUUUACACAAAUAACCUACAGCAACACACACACACUGUUGCAUUAUAUACACACACACUGUUGCAUUAUAUACACACACACUGUUGCAUUAUAUACACACACACUCUUGCAUUAUAUACACACACACUCUUGCAUUAUAUACACACACACUCUUGCAGUGUAUACACACACACUGCAUUCACUAUACACAUACUACACAAACACACACACACACUCUGCAUUCAUUAUAUACACAAACAUACACACACACUCUGCAUUCAUUAUAUACAAAAACACACACACACACACACUGCAUUCGCUAUACACACUCUACACAAACUCUGCGUUCAUUCUAUUCACACUCUACACAAACACUCUGCAUUCAUUAUAUACACACUCUACACAAACACUCUGCAUUUACUAUACACACGCUGCAUUCACUGUACACACACUACACAAACACACACUCUGCAUUCACUAUAUAUACACACAAUACACACACACUGCAUUCAUUAUAUACACACUACACAAAUAAGCACUGCAUUCAUUAUAUACACACUACACAUACACAGUGCAUCCACUACACAAACACACACAGCUCCCCUGUCUAAACACACUGCAUCCACUACAUGUGUCAUGUAUAUUUUGUGCAUUUACCUUUAGAAAUAGAUUAUUUUUUCAAAAUAGUAAAUGUACAGAAUAUCAGUAAGUCAUCGGCCUUAAAGUUCACAGAUUAUCAGUAUCUGCUCUAAAAAAUCAAUAUCGGUUGAUCCCUAUACGGGAGUAUGAUGUAUAUUGUCUUUCACUUUUUUUUUCUUUAAAUUUUUUUAUUAAAAGUGAACUAGAUCAUAAUUUUUUCAAGUUCUAAAUAUUGUUUUAGUGUAAAACACUGCAGUAUAUAGUUACUGACAUUUUAAAACCAUUUCCAUGGACAUACUUUGGCAGAGCAAAUGGAUGAAGUGGUUACCAGGGAGUUUGUCAUGCCCAAGUGAUUCCUUUAAUUGCUUUGGCAAAUCAUCUGAUGCCACACCCCCACAACACAGUUUAAAUGUUUAGUCCUGUGUGUGCUAUGUGAAAGAGCUCAUCCCACCUAGUCAUAAUAAUGGAAAGAAAAUGACGUUGGAGUUGUCUUUAUCACUUUCUUGGCAUGGUAAUAAAUUGAGUGUGAAUUGCAGUGUUGAUCAAAGUCCGGUAAACCUUUAUGGUACUCUUAGUGAGACAGGAUUUGUGGACCUUUUGUUCCUCAUAAUAUAGGAUAGCAUUGGUUGUUUAGCCUUCAGUGAACAAUACACAUAAGCAGGAUUCAAAAUGCCCACUUUCUCUCUUGGCAUUAUUGAGUGGACAUUCAGCUGCUGCUGAGUAAUUGGACCAGUCUGUUAAGAGUGUGGGAUGCAUGACCUUCACCUUCCGCACACUUUGUUCUCAAUGUUCCUUUGACGCCCGGGAUUGUUACAGGUUGUUAAUCCAAGAAAAAGUAUUUCCAAUAUGGAGACAAGAUUUCCCCCCCACCCCUCCCCCCUUUUGUGGCAUAAUUAGUCAUCGCUUCAAAUUUUUGCCGCUGCAAAUUUUUUAAUCAACAGAAGACAAAGAUGUGUUUUAAAGGUUGAACGCGAUUGACUUGAGCCCUUUUUCAGCCUAAAUUACUAUGUGACAAUACUCUUAUUUACAUACACCUGGCUAGCCAUUCACACAGAUGUGUAUAUUUAUAUAUAACUAGCAGGUCAGACACUCACACAGGCACACUCUACCAAUUAAAUUAAUUCAUGCUCAUAGUUGCUCACCUCUGAUUGCAGUGAGAUCAUCUAUGGCUUUACAGCAAUGUGCUCUUGGUCACUAACAGGUAGCCAGCCAAAAAGGCAGCUUCAAGAAUUUCAAGUGCAGCAUCCUUUCAGAGAUCUCCAGGAGAAUGUGAUGCCAUGUCUUUUUCUGCUGGUGGUAUGAAUCAGGGUGCCACUGAAGUGGAGCCCUGAAACUGUCUGUUCUGGUCACAUGCUGAGACCUAAUAUCACACAACCAGCGGACGGAAGCUUGUCGUUUUUGCUGUUUUUAAUUUCCUGAGCCCCAAUCCUCUGAUAAAUUGGAGGUGGUUGCUGCUGUUAUUCACAGAAAUUGCUCAGAGGCGUAAAAGGAAUUCCCCAUCAUAAACUGUAAUGGUACAUGUUAUGGUACAUGGAGAAUCCCUCUAAGGCUACAUUGAGUUGUAUCAAGUGUCUAUUCCAUAAUGCAUGGUCAAGUGUCUAUUCCGUAAUGCAGGUGAAAGUUUUGUAAUGUCCAGAAAGUGUCUGUGUAUCCAAAGGAGAACAAAUAAAGAUAUUUGGAAUAAUCUAUUUACUCUGGGUCUAAUUUUAUGCUUUAAGCAUUGUUUUGUUAAACUGCAAGGAUGGCACAAUAUGUGUCACAAUUUUGAAUACCCAUGCCCCCACAACCUUUACUAUUAGUCAAUUUUAUUAUAAUUCAGUCAUAGCAAUACAUUUACAAGUUACAUUUCAUAUUUUCAUUAAAAGAAAAAGUAUGCUUGGGUGAAUAUAUAAAUAACAUAUAACAUUUUCUAACCAGGAAUGAUAUAUAUAUAUAUAUAUAUCUCUAUACUAAAACUAUUGUGGAUAUUUUUUUCUUUGUUAGAUAGUGUGUUGUCAGCGCUUAGUGAAUAAUCCCCUUAGGUAUAAUCAGGGGUAAAUGUCUUAACAAAUGUAUCUAUAAUAAUUAGAAACAGCAAUAGCAUACAGUGUUAAGAGUAUCAAUAUAACUGAUAGUAACAAUCAGAUUGUAGCAAAAAAAUCUAAAUUGUAUCUCAGUCCAGUAUAAAACAUUUUUCUUUGUUCGGCCAUAUUUCCCUAUCUACAUCCGUGUAUAUUCUGUUGUAAAGGACAGAUAAAGUAUUAAUUCUAUGAGGCGAUGCUGAAUGGCGCAGUGCAGCGUUUUGCCAUCCAUGAGCAACAGCCUUCCAAUGUUUUCCAUUGAGAAAGAAUUGGAUUGGCAGAAAUCAAAAUUGAUGAUCUCAGCCAUGGAGGUACGGGCCAUUUGUGGCGCGGGAGAAAAGGUACAUUUUUAAAAUACUUUUUAAUGCAAUCUGAAGGGUUCAGGGAACUAAAUAGCCACACAAGGACUAUAUUCCUAACCCUAUAGUUUUCCUUUAAAUUUAAUUUAGAGACUCAGACAGGCUUGCAGGCUGUUUGUAAUAUGAGUGUGGUGUGUGUGUUGGCUUUGUGUAAUUGAUGGCUGUGUGUGACAUGUUUGACAGUUGUGGGUGACGGUUGGCAGCAGGGUUUGUGCCAGAUAUAUUUGUGUGCUUUGUUUUGACAAUAUCCUGAUCAGCUUUCUGCAGUGAAAGGUCUGUGUCUGACUGGUGGUCUAGUUUUGUUAAAGGGAUACUAUAGUGCCAGGAAUGCAAAGCUGUAUUCUUGGCACAAUAACUCCCUCUGCCUCCCCCCCUCUAUUGCCUCAUAGUGUCCCUUUAACCCCUUAAGGACACAUGAUGGAAAUAUUCCGUCAUGAUUCCUUUUUAUUCCAGAAGUUGUGUCCUUAAGGGGUUAAAGUCCCUGGAGGUCCAGUGCAUCCCUGUGUGUGCAGACUCAACAAAUUGCUCCCUUGUGGUACUCAGCAAAUCAGAUUACAGGCUGCAAAUACCAGUGGCUGCAUUAGGCUCCUUAGUGAUUGCCUGACCACAAUGAAGUGUCUGUUGAGGUCUGCAGUUAUUGUAGGACCUGUGAAGACCACAUUCACUCUGCCCAAUCAUGUCCACCUCAGGCAUCCUUACAGCACCCCUUACAAAAAAAGCCCCAAAUGUCUGCCUUCUUGGCAUUUGGAAGUACAUUUUCAGGUGUCUGGUGAUAGGAAUUCCACCAGCCUUGAGUAAAAUAGUUUUAUUUUUUUAUAAAUUGCAUACAUUACUUUGUAAAUAACUAGUGAGAAUACUUCAAAAUAGUUUAUUUUUGGCACCAUUAUUUACAUUUAUUGCAGUUUUAGUUCACAGCUAACAAUAAGCAGCUCAAUGUUUCAAAGCUUUGUUUCAUCAUUUAGUGUGCCUUGAAUUGUUUUGCCAAACCUAAAAAUGUCCCAUCACUUUAUAUGCCGUCACUUUAUCACCAAUCUCAAUCUUUUGUAUGUACUGGUAUAUAUACCUAUACAACAUUGCUUUGUUACUGCAUGUUUUGGAUGCUUGGCACAUGAUACUGCUAGAACUCCCAAAAAUAUCUCCCCAAGUAUACACACACACACACACACACACACUUUAGGAGAGAUUUAUAAAAGUGUUCUGAAAAGUCUAAUAUGUUUACAUUCCUUAAAGGGACACUACAGUCACCCAGACCAUUUUAGCUAAUUGAAGUGGCCUGAGUGCAGUGUUCCAGUCCCACUUAGUCCAGCAAUAUAAAUCAUUGCGUCUUUUUGAGAAACUGCAAUGAUUACUUUACAGGACUAAGACAGCCACUAGAGGCGCUUCCGGGAUUUCAAGUGAAUCUGAUUCCCUUAAACGACGCUGGAUGUCCUCAUGCUCUGCAUUAGGCAAUGCUUUCCUAUGGGGAUGGCCUAAUGCACUCACCACGCAUGAUGUUGUGUAGUGUGUGUGUGUGUGUGUCCUGUCGGAUGAUGUUGUGUAGUGUGUGUCCUGUCGGAUGAUGUUGGAGGAAGCAGUGCCCAGACCUAGCGCCGAGUUAAUCGGGAUAGUGAUUAAAGUUGUUUUUUUAACCCUUUAUGUGCUACAGGAGGGAGGACCAGAGGGCACUAGAGUGUUUUAGGAAUGCAGAUUUGUAUUAUUAACACUAUAGAAUCCCUUUAAAUCGUUGUAAAGAUUAUCUAAAAUUGUCUGAAAAUACAGCUAAGUUUAGUGUGAAAACAAGUGAACACAGAACACUUUUUUUGGUGGCAGAACGAUUGAUAUAUCCAUUGCAUCGUCAAAAAAAUGGUGCACGUUCACAAUUAUGGAUAAAGAACAAAAAAGGAAAAGACACAAAACCUCAACAGAUUUGAUCAUUUGUACCAAAAAUCUGCAAAAGUCUCUGCAACACUUUGAUUACGCUCUGCCUUUUAUUUCCAUCCCUGUCAGAUACAAUGUGUAUAUUUGACAGGCUUUUGUGAAGUUGCAGGGUCAUAUUGGAGACAAUGCCAUUUCAUUUUUCAAAUUUGUAAUGCUAACUGUUAAUUUGCUGGACAUUUUGUAUAACUCACCAAUGACCUCCUUAAAUACAUUUGGAGCAGACAACGUGGUCUACGUCACAUGUGGUAUUUUGAUCUGAUUUAGCUUUGUGAUAUAGCUUCUAUCCUUUUAUGCAAAUUGCAGUUUUCCAGUAAAUUUCUUGAGGUGCACCAAAGAGAAUAUUCAGUGCUUACUUUAUUCGUAGUCAUCCUUAAAACAGUGGGACAGUUGGGGAGGUCUGCAGAUAUAAUAACGGCAGACACAAUAUGUUUAGAUUCUGUAUACAUUUAGGUAUGUCCUUGCCAAAUGUAUAAACCAAUACAAUCAAGCGCCAUGGCCUUUGCCAACUUUGGCAUUGGCUGUUUUUUUCUGUACUUCCUUUCCUCUUGCAGCACAUUUCUAGCCUUCAUUGUGGACUCUCGUGCAAUUGCGAGAGUCAAUGCAGAGGUCAGUGGAAGCAGCUGGAUCCUGUGGGAAUGCGCAUGAUUUAAUGUGCAGGCCCAGGAAAGGGCAGAAGAUAUUCCUGGGCACCACCAUCUUUAAGAUAGCAGUGCCUAGAGAGAGGACCGGAACUACUUGAAAACAGUAAGUUGACCUGGGGGACCAGGAUAAGUAGAAUGAGGCAUCCAAGGGCCUUAUGCAAGAGACCUCUUGACUGGGAACCAAGUGAUCUAUUUAGUGACAGAGCUACUUUAAUAUUUUACUAAUUAUUCACAAGUAUGAUACAAUAUUUCUUACAUGUUAAUUCCAGAUAUACAAUACAGGCUUUGUAGAGAAAGAUAAGUGGACCUACAUGAAAAGACAAACCAUGAGAAACGAGUUGUAACUAUAUGAUCUAAAUGCCACCUGCUCACAGUGAUCAGUGCCAGGGAGACUGCAUAUGCCAGAGCGGACCACCCUCUGCAGUUAUCAUGUAACAGGAAAACCCUUUGGGGCUCCCCCUAUCUGAGGAGAACAUCAGAAAUAAAACUUUCUGGUUCAGCCAUGGUAAUUUAAAGGGCUAUAGCAUCAGCUGACAGGAGCGCCGGGUAUCAGUUUUCCUGGUGUGUGCAGGAAUUUAACGAUUUCAAUCUCCAUUUAAAGGGCUGUAAGCAGCUCAUCGGUCAGCAUGGGGGUCACAUUCUGGUACCAGAGAGAGGUUUCCCCUGUUACUAGAAAUGAAAUACUCCCUGCUGGUAAAAUACCACAUGACUGAAUUAUUUCAUCAUGUGUCCUUUAGCAGUUCAGCUAUUUAACAGCCAAACACUUCAAUUUACCCCCAUAGUUGGCCACAAUUUUCAGUGCAGAGGGCAUGUUUAACUUUUUAUAUGCCAAAAUUACGGCACUUGUCCCGCUUCCCAAACUGCCUGACACUUGUAGGCCAUUACUAAAUUAUGAAUUGCAGCUAUCAAUAUUAUAUAUUAUUAUUGAGGAUACCAAGCCUAGUUGUCAACGGUCUAGUUACAUUUGCAUACAUUCAACUACUCUCAGGUUUAGUCUUAUUACCUUUUCUCUCUUCCAGAUAUGCUGUGAUUGCUUAUGGCUGUGCAAGCUGCCCCAGAUUGGUCUGUGAGAGAGAAGGAUGUCAGACAGAAUUCUGCUACCACUGCAAACAUGUGUGGCACCCAAACCAGACCUGCGACAUGGCACGCCAGCAGAGAGCAUCUUCAUUUGGCAUGCGCAGGAAGCACCCCUCUGGAAUCAGCUAUGGGCAGGAAUCUGGUUCAGGUAAUGGUAGAGAAGAUGCUAUUGGGUGUCUUGUAGCUGUUAAUGAUCUGUAUAUGCACUAGUUGUCAUCCUUUACUAAUAUGUGUAUCCACAGGAUAGCAAUCUAUUAUGUUGUGUACCUAACAAGGCUUGUUUCGGAGUUGGUUUGUUGCCGUCUCUCAUUUUUGCUACAUGUUGCCUCCAGCUGAUGACAUGAAGUCCUGCCCCCGGUGCAGUGCCUAUAUUAUUAAAAUGAAUGAUGGGAGCUGCAAUCAUAUGACUUGUGCCGUAUGUGGCUGUGAAUUUUGUUGGUUGUGCAUGAAAGAGAUUUCUGACCUCCACUACCUCAGGUAAGUAGUGUGCUUCUCCUCAGAGAGAGCAUAAAUCGGCCUUGUUUUAUCAAUGCUUUGUAUAUUUUCAGGGUAUUUUAAUUGAAUUCCGAUAUUCACUGUCUUCACAGUCCCUCAGGCUGUACAUUCUGGGGAAAGAAGCCAUGGAGCAAGAAGAAGAAGAUAAUCUGGCAAUUGGGAACUCUUAUAGGAGCUCCAGUAGGAAUAUCUCUUAUUGCUGGAAUUGCAAUUCCUGCAAUGGUCAUUGGUAUCCCAGUCUAUGUUGGCAGAAAGGUCUGUGCUGUUUAAAUAUUGGGAAAUAAUGGGUUUCUUACCAGUGUUUGCAUUAGCUAGUACAAGUAAAGAAAUACAAUUGAACAAUGGAAAUUGAAUGUAAGGUCAACAGUAGCUAGUAUGGCAUUUAUGUGAUAAUUGUCCAUAUUUCUGCAGAUUCAUGGCCGUUUUGAAAAUAAGAAAACAUCAAAACAUAAGAAGAAUUUGGCAGUCACUGGUGGCGUUAUCCUGUCUGUCAUUGCCUCACCUGUUGUGGCUGCAGUUAGUGUGGGUGAGUGUCAAGGGUCAUAGUUUAGGAGUUCCCACCAAAGGCACACUUAGAAGUUCUCAGUAAAUAUUUGUAUUUCCAGGAAUCGGAGUUCCCAUCAUGCUUGCAUACGUGUAUGGUGUGGUGCCAGUUUCUCUGUGCCGCGGUGGAGGGUGUGGUGUAACCACAGCAAAUGGCAAAGGGGUGAAGAUUGACUUUGAAGAAGAUGGACCAAUUACAGGUACUGUUUAAUCCAUUAAAUGAGCCUGUCAUCCUCUUGACUACUCUUCCCUAUAUCUGUACUUGAACUUAUGUAUGUAUGUGUGUGUAUAUAUAUAUAUAUAUUUUUUUUUUUAAAGUGGCUCUGUCACUUCAAACAUACGUUUCUCCUUUUGUUUCCAUUUUUCUUCCUUUUUCAGACUCCAUUCUUCUUUUGUGCAUUUCUGAUCUAUUUAUCUUUAAAACAUAAGACAAAUUAGGGACUACAUUCUGUCAUGUAUUUUUCCUACACUUGACAAUCUUGACUAAGGGUAGAGCUUAAGGCAAGCUCCCACUUCCUUUCUCCAUUAAUACAGGCAGUGGAGCUUGCCUUAAUCUCCACCUUUUAUCAAUAUUGUCAAGUGUAUGAUACAUAAAGUAGUCCCUACCCUGUCUUGUGUUUUAACUAGAAAUAGAUCAGAAAUGAAGAAAAGAACAGAUUGUGAAAAAGGAAGAGAAGAGAAAACCAUAUGGAGAAAGGUAAGUUUGAAGUGACAGAGCCACUUUAAAUGGAUUGGAUAUAUAAGUACAUGUAUAUUGAAGUGCUGAGUUGGACAUGUUUAAUAACUAAAUUAUAUACUCCUUUUGGCUUUAUACAAAAUGUGUGUUUGUUUUUUUUUAUGGUAUACAUUUUUGUAACCUUUCACAAUACCUUAGAUAACAUUAGGAUUUCUAAUUUUAAGAUAUGUUUUUAAACAGUUGUAGCAACUGGUAUAAAAUAUCAGUUCUAGAGAAAUGUUUGUUUUUUUCCAUGAAUAAUUUUUAUUGAAUUUUCUUAUAUAUUUAUAUAAAGUUCACAUAUAUAGAUAAAUUACACACUUCAUGAGUACAUUUAGAAUUGUGCGGAUCAUAUCGCAUUAGGCUUGAGACAAUUAUAGAGUGUACAAUCCAAAGCAUCACAGUACAUGCAUAUUAUCAUUCUAUUUCUGCAUUCUGGAUUUGUGUGCUCUGUGCAUCAGUUAGCUUUGUGUCUGUAGCCAGGUGGUCAUUAGUUGCAUCAUGGUGCGUUUAGACAGCAUUAAGGGAACUCCGUUUAAACAGGAAUUAUAAGAACAUUAUGUAAGAACAAAUAUAACCUAUUUCACUGCAUAGUCUAUGUUGAAUCCAACCAGUAUUGCCAACUAGCCUGUAGGGGCGUCAUCACGUGCCUGGCUCCUCCUCAUUUGGUGUGUCGCACUGCGCCAUCCCGCUAUGGGUCAUGUAUGUCUUCCAUGGAAUCACUGCCCAGCUGCCAGUUGGCCCAUGUUGCGUCAGGUUUGUAGGAUAUUAUUUAUUCUGUGGCUCAUUUCCUUAUAGAUUCUCGUGGAGUUUUUCUCCAUCACGGGCAGGCAACAUGUUUAAUAUAUAGGCCUCUAUAGGAAGCAAUAGGGUGAACUUUGUUAGUUUGUAAAUCACAUGUUUUAUAUUUUCCCAAAAUGGGCAUAUUAACCUGCAGUGUUCUAACACGUGGCCAAUCCUCCCCACCUGUACUUCACAUCUCCAGCAUUUAGAAGUUGCAUUGGCAAAAAUGUGAGUUGGCCUGUGUGGAGUCAUAUACCAUCUCAUCCAUAUUUUGUAUUUAUUUUCAAUAUGAUCUUGUCGCCUGUUUGGUGUGUCUUGGUGCUCUCAGCCAUCUUUCGGUACAGAUUUGUGUGUAAAGUUCUUCCUCCUAUUUGAGCAUAUAUGAGAAUUUGGAGGCAGUGGUGUACACACGAUCCAUGGGCCCCCUCCCCCCAGACAUACACACACAAAGAGACACAGAGACAGACAUACAGAUACAGACGCACGCACACAGAUACCGGCGCACGCAGAUAGAGAUGCAGGCACGCGCAGAUACAGGGGCGCGUGUGUACAGAUACCGAUGCAGGUGCGUGCUGAUACAGGGGCGGGCGCGCAGAUACAGACACGCACAUGCGCACACACAUACAUACAAAAUGUUUAAGUCACCCUUCUGUUUCCUACCUUUUAGGUGUAGGAGGGUGACUUUCCCUGGGAUAUAGUAGUGGCUCAGGCUGGUGGGAGUCAGAGUUCCCACUCUGACUCCCUCUCCUUCCUCCCGCGCGGGCUCUCUCUGAGAGCUGGGAGGAGUGACGGGCAGUCACUUCCUCCCAGCUGUGAUGUCAGCACAGGGGGCAUGGUCACGCUGUUAAAGCGCUGCAGCGCUGAGCGGGGCCCCCUGGAAAUUCAUCUCCGUCUGGUGGCCUUAACAGGAUGGGCCCCUUGAACGUGCGGCCCAGAUGGUUUGCCGCAACAUAUGGUGGCGGGCACCCGGUCGCAGGGGUCUGCAGGGCGACCAGGCCCGUCACUCCAGGAGUGACGGGGCCGGUCGCAGUUGCGACCGCGGUAUGCAUGCCACUGUUUGGAGGGCAUUGUGUGUUUUAGCAAGGCUUUGUAGCAGAAUGCCAAUGGUUUUGUGGCUUUUUUUUAUUUUUUUUAUUGCUCCAACCAUUAGAAUUUUGCAUUCUGUUUUCCCAUAUCUUUGCAUUUAAAGGAAUAUGAUCAUUUAUUAUUUUAUAUCAAAAUAUUUUUUUACUUUUUUUUUUUUUUAAAACUGGCACUUAAAAGUGAGAAAAAAAAGUGCAGUUCGUUUCACUGUGGAAUCAAUUACUCAAAUUUCAAAAUCAAUGCAUUUAUUACUUCAGCAAUAAAAGCCGUAUAUACCUAAAUGUAAGGUUUUUAUUGCUGUAUUAAUAAAUGCUUUGAUUUUACUCUGACUGCUGCCUCUCUCCUGUUUUGCGUUCGAGAAAACAAGCUGCUGCUAACCCUAAUCGAGAGAACUUGCAUCCCAAUAGAGAUUUUUUUUUUUGCCUGAGCCAGUCAUAGGGACAGGGUCAUGAAAAUACAUAAACUUCAGUCUAUUAACUGGGUAUAUUUAUGCAUUCAUCUUAUCAUGGAUAUACACAUAUGGUGUUUUAUACUGACACUUUUUUAGAUUUUGUAAUAAUUGGAUUUUAUGGUUUUUGACUUUGUAUUUGUUCUGUUCACUUUAGUAUUGCGCAUUAUAUAGGGUAAAUCCAGCCAGGGAAAACAGGAACAGCACAACAUAGUGAAAAACUGUAUAAUAAAGUGACGGUGUGCCAAUUGGUCACUCACACUUUAGAGCCAAAUAAAAAACCUUCAGAAAAUAGUUGGUCUCAUUCUUCUCAAUUCUUGAACUUUAUUGAUGUCAGUCUCAUUCAUAAAGAAAAAAAAGAUAACGUGUAACCAUAAUAAAUUGCACAAUGCAGAUUUAUUUACUUACAAAGAAGUAAACAGUAGCAGGUGAAAUUGGUAACCACAGGUUCACAGGAUAGGUCCUACGUGUUAACUGGGUAUAUUUAUGCAUUUAUCUUACCAUGGAUAUACACAUAUGGUGUAUUCUACUGACACUUUUGGAUUUUAUUUGUUUUGAAUAUGUUUAUCAUCACAUAAAGACUCUUUAUAAGGUUAAUUGCAGUGUUGCCUGCGCAGAGGCUCAUUGUGCAGAAAAAUAAUUGAUAAGCUGGUGCCUACGCAGAGGUCCAGUAUGAUUUUAUAGGAUGUCAAUCAUCGGCACUACCUAAGCAUUUAAGUUCAGUGCUGUGUUCAUGCGCUGCUGGUCACUUCGUGAGCCAAUUUUUAGCCACAUGUAAUCAACUUUUCUUGCGAAAUUAAUGCAAACCUUAAAUAACGUUCAUUAAGAUCAAAUAAUAUAAACUUAAUGGUAUCUAAUGUAGUCUCCACGUAUAUUCUUCUUUACCAUAUUCAGUUUUAGGCCGAGGUGCACCCAUGUAAAUAUUUAGCACAUAAUGCCUCAAUCAGGCGUAUACCAUUGCUAAAUAUGCUAUAAAUGUAAAAAAUUACUUAAAAUUAAAAAAAUUUAAAAAACAGACUAUAUAUGUUUCACACGGGCUCAAAUAAUUGCUUAAUCAUAUGGUGCAGUAAGCAUAUAUGGCAGAGGUAGUGCACUAGUCAGGCAAUAGUAAAUCAUGACUAUUAGCAUUAUAUCAAUGUCGUAUUAAUUGCACCGUAGGCAUGCUAUGAAAUAAAUGUAUAAAAAUGAAAAUAAAAAAAAAAUAUAUAAAAAAAACUGUCAAACUUUUAACAUAAGGGGCAUUUUCGUUUUUAAGCUGUGGUGUAUUAUUUAAUGUAGCAAUCCGGUUAUUAAGUAUGCGGUAAUAAACUACUUUACAGCCUAUUAUGCAUCAAUCAAUUAUUAUGUACGCAGCAAUAAGUAGCAUCAAUCUUUGGCUACUAGGGGCAUUAUAGCAUGGACUGCGUAUUCCUUUGGCAUUGUAAGCUAACAUGGUAAUAAUGAACCAACAUCAAAUAUUCAAAAUAAGUAAAAAUUUUACAUGCAUAAAGAGCCGUUUCUGAGAUGAAUUACCAGGGAACAUUCCCUUUGUCCUUGUCUGCCCUCUGUUGUAUUCUCUGUUCUUUGCUUGGUACAGCUUUUAUGUGAAGUAAAACUUGUUACCAGAAUUAUUUAGGCAAGCUUUGUUAUUUAAUCACGGCCAGAUUAAACAGUGUCUUUACAUGGUGCAGACCGAGUGAAGCAAUAUCCGUUACCCCAAGCGAGGGCCGAUCCCACGCCUGCCGUUGUGGGCCUUUUAGGCCGUCUGUCCUCCGUCAGUCCUCCCCAGGUAAUAUCCAGCUUCUCCGCGUGAUGCCCUGAGGUUCUGUGGGCACUCAGAGUCCGGAUCAGUGUUUCAGACCUCCCACCAAGAGUCCUUGUUGGAUUUUAUUUGUAUUUGUGUAGUAUUGUGUUUGCAAAGAAUAAUCCAGUUUCUUUUUUUGCUUGUCGACCCAUGGGAUAAUUUAUUUUUGGCUAGACACAAAUCUGUGCUAAGUUCACUAAAUGGUCCCUUUUAGACUUUGAGAGUGAGAAUAUCAAAAAUAUGGAAUAAUCACAAUUUUAGAAUUAAAAUAUCUUGCUAUUAAAGUGUUUUUUUAUUAUAGAAUUGUAGGGUAUUUUCUGUGCAUAUAAGCAGUUGGUGUACAAUUUUCUACAUUGCAUUUUCUAUGUAACUUUCAUGGGGUUUUUUUUUUUUCUCUUUGUUUUUCUCUCCCAGUGGCAGAUGCAUGGAGAGCGUUAAAGAACCCAAGUAUCGGGGAGAGCAGCAUGGAAGGUUUGACAAGUGUACUGAGCACUAGUGGGAGUCCAACAGAUGGGCUGAGUGUCCUUCAAGGAAAUUACAGUGAGACGGCCAGUUUUGCAGCCCUCUCUGGUGGUAGCCUAACUGGGGGCAUGUUGAGUGGAGGAAGAGCCAAGUAUUGCAGGUAUGAAUACAAGCUGGUAGAGAGAUUCACAGAAGAGGUACGUUGGGUAUUGUAUGAGCAUUUUUACAGAUUUUUGAAACAUCUGAAUGCCUUUUGGAAGAAAAAAUAAAAAUAAAACACAAGACCAAAUAUUCAAUGAAAUAAUGGUUAAUAUAGAUUCAAGAAAAAAACAAACUUGUUUUUCUUGCAGUUCUCCGUUACAUUUUGAAAAAUGUGUUGCACUUAAAGCGGCACUGUCAUGGCCGAAUCCAUUUUUAUUUUUUUUAACCCCACUCCCGACUCAACUACACCCCCUAGUCACCCCAAAUGCCUCUAAGCCCCCCAUAUUACCCAGUUUUUAAACUUUUUCUGCCCUGACCUGGGUCCUGGCCGCCGCCAUCUUUGUGUGGGUAGAUGAAGGCCCUGUGGGAAACGUCAUCUGCCCACACUAGAUAGCGCUGUGACAUUCCCGCGCAUGCCCAGUUAAACACUUGGGCAAGCGAACUUCAUCCAUUCAUUCGUCACUCUGAGGGUCAAUAUGACCCCCAUAAUAGAAUAAGGGAGAUGGACGUCUACUAAACAGUGAGCGGCUGUUGUAAAAAAAGGGGGGGGGAGGCUUUUUUCCUGAUUGAGGAUUUAUUUUAUUUUUUUAUUAAUUGAUCGUUAGAAUUCAUGAAUACAGUUUCUAAUUCAAACUUACUCCACUUGUACUCUGCUGGAAGAGGGAUCUACUAUUUCCAUUGAAUUUGAAGAUCACUGUGGGGCAGAAUAAAGCUUAGCUUAAAAAAAUAUAUUACAAAACUCUUCAAUUCUUCACAAGAAAGUAGAGUAAGAUGAGGCUUUAUGUGUUGAAAUUAAUGGGACACUCCAGGCACCCAGACCACUUCAGCUCAUUGAAGUGGUCUGGGUGCUGUGCCCCUAUUGCACUUAGUGCUGCAAUGUAAACCAUUGCCGUUCCAGAGAACUGCAAAGUUUACAUUGCAGCUCUAAGUCUGCCCUCUGUGGCUGUCUACCAGACAGCCACUAGAGGGCUUCUGGAAUUCAAACCGACCUCUGGUCGGUUAUCUGAUGCUGCACGUCCUCACGGACCUCCAGCAUCAGAUUUUCCCCCUAGUAAAGCAUUGGCUAAUGCUUUCCCACACGCGGCACACGCGGCCAUUGCGGAAGAGCAUGGGCGGAGCCUGACCCAGCGCCGAGGGACAUCCGCGCUGGAUUUAGGUAAGUAGCUGAAGGGGUUUGAACCCCUUCAGCGAUAUGGUAAUGGGGAGGCGGAAGGGAGGGGGCACUGUAGGAUCCGGUUGUUUUCCUGGCACUGGAGAAUCCCUUUAAUGUUGACUUGCGCUGCAAAUCAAAAUUAAAUUAAAAUAAUGUGUACAGUAUUUCAGAGUGAAAGGGUUACAGUGGACGCAAUUGUUCCUUGUUAUUUUUUAAGGUUUUUUGUUUUUUUGGUGGGUGGUUAAAGGAACGCUAAAGUGCUGUGUGUCAAACCCUUUUCACAUUUAUAAAACAGGCAAUUUCAUGAGACCUCAGCACUUCAAUAAUUGGGUGCAACAAAUUUAAACACACAUCAGCUCUAAUUUGUAAUAUGAGCCCUUUUUUGUCCCUUCUUUUGUCAUUAACUCUGCCCCUCUGUCUUGGUUUGAUAUCCUUGAUUGCAGUGGUUUCACUGAAAACAUGUACAUUUUAAACGCUGUGUUUGAUAUGGCACGUGGAUAUGUUGAUCUUCACCUGACCAUGAGUGAAUUUUACAUCUUUUUUUUAUUUUCAUUUUCUGGUGGUUGUUUUUGUGUUCCAUGCACAUUAUGCUUCCUAUUAAAUGUAUUUGCAUCUCUUCUACGCAGGCUUGAGGUACAGGCAGAUGUGCAGAAAGAGACCUGCCAGAAAGACUCUGUUAGUCUGGGUGCUGUGAGUGAUAGCGCUAGUACCAGAGCAAUGGCUGGUUCCAUCAUCAGCUCAUACAACCCACAAGAGAGGUGAGUCCUAUAAAGUUAUAUAUACCACACGGAAAUUAAAUCCAAUGGACCAACCACUACUUUGUUUUUUUACAAUUACCAUAUUUUUCCACAUAUAAUACUGACUGUUUUUUUUUUGUUUGUUUUUUAAGUCUAAACUUGGGAGUCGUUUUAUACGCAGAAUUUCACUACAUAGGUUAAAGAAAACAAAAAAAAACUUAUGCGCAGGGCCUGACAGCAAACCAAGCCAUUUGCAUGUGGCUUCAAAAAUCUAAUUAUUAAGCCAAAUACCUACAGUACUCAGGCAGUGUAAUUUGGGCACAAAACUUGGCUACUCGUUGACAGAACACUCAGAUGACUGUUGGGUUCGCUAUUGCCAGGUUCCUGCGGGCAUGGACUGUGUUGUACACCUGUGCGGUUUGCUGACAUACUUGAAGCAGAGGAGGCACUUCUCCGGAAAUUUGAUCGAUUGUGUGCAUGGGUCUGGGAGAUCUUGCGCAACCGCAUGAUUCUUUGCUUUACUCUGGACCACGCCAAGACUUCAGGCUCCGGACUACAGAUAGGCGCCGCAGGGUGAGGCCUUGUCCGGACAUCCCCCGUAGGGUACCGCAGGCAGAUGGCAUCAUUGCCGCCAACAGCAGGACGGCGGUCCAGGGAACCAGUGUCUGGGCGUAGCCAGACCUCGGGGAGCGGCCUAUAGAUGUCUAAAACUUUUAUUUCUUAGUUUUGUGCUUAAAAAAUAUGGGUUGUCUUAUACAUACGGAAAAAUAUGGUAUAUACAGUAUGUUUACUUUUAUAUAAUAUACAACUGUGUAAUCCAUUUAAGAAAAGACUGUUCUCUGAAUGUCUGUUUUGCAGCAAGUAUUUGAAUUCUGAUCCACCUUGUGGGGAACUGAAUCAGAUCUCUUUGCUAUCAGUUACCUUGCAACUCCUGUUCUUUUUGUUCUUUACAAGCAGGCCCCAUUCACUCCUGUGCAAAGAUCUUAUACAGAAAACCACACAGAAUACAGUGUUCCAAUAGAAUCUUUCUCUUGUAUGUGUGAGACCAAUAAACAGUCCUGCUCUUUAUUUAUAUUGACGAUCCUUAUGGGGGCUUUCAAGGUGCUUUAAAUUCAGUUACAUAACAUUACUAUUACCCAACAGAUUGGUUUUCCUAUAACCAAUUAUCAAACCAUGGAAGUGUGAGUGGUCCUUUUAACAAUUUUAAGUCUUUCAUAUAACAGUACUUUAUCAGUUAUGUAGUAUUCAUUCUUUUCAUAAAGACGAUUUCAUUUGUGGUUACAUGCAGAAUUGCUCCAUAACAAAUGUAUACGUUCUUUUCUUCUUAUACUGCAGUUGCACUGACUUUAUAUUUCCUGAGGUCCUUUCUUGUAAUUCUUUUUCUGCACAUUGUAUCAUUUAAAGAUUAUGUUGACGAUUGGUAUUUGUUUCCAUUUUUCUUUUCAGGGAGGCUAAUAACCUGGAGAUCCAGGUUUAUAUAGAAGCAAAACCUUCCAGAUACCAACUGAUGAGUGAGAGCAGUACAGAGGAAUCCCUUCAUGUUGCAGCACCUCUUGUGGAAGGCGAGGAUGAUGACGGUUGCAGAGACCAGGUUCCUCCUCGUGACAUCACACUGGCACAGCCUGAGAGCAUCCGCAGCGACUUGGAGAGUUCAGAUGCGCAGUCUGAUGAUGUGCCUGACCUGGCGUCAGAGGAAUAUGAUUCCCCUCACCUUCUACCACCCUCUCCACCAGAUCCUCAUCGUGAAAGCCCCCCGCCUCGCAUGUGUGCACAGCAGGAAGGUCUUUGUGCCCGGGAGGAGGGGCUCUCCAAAGUGGAGUUUAUAGAGGUGCGAGUGUAAAAUCACACCAGCAACACCACCUCUAUAAUUUUAUUAUUCAUUUUUUCUUUGCAUUAUUUUUUUUCCAAUGGAAAUUCCUUACAAUGCUGUAAGUGGACAGGAUAACCUAGUUCACAGCCGUGCUGUAAGCUCUACCUAAAUGCUUUGUCUUGGACUUUUCUUUUUCUUUGCCCCCUCACUGUGAUAGGCCUGUAUCUCUCAUGUAAAUUCUUCUAAUUUAUUGGCUUUGACUGGAUGUAUAGAUGAUCUUAUUUUAUGUAAUAUUUACAGAGAAUAUGGUGAAUCAGCUUCUUUUUUCCUUUGUAAGGAAUUGUUGAAAAAAUAAAACUGGAUUGAAAUAUUGUUAAUUGCGGGACUUGAGCUUUAAAUUCAGAGAAAUCUGUGUGAUUCAUUACAUGUUAAUCAAAACACAGUCAUUAUACCUCACAUGUCCAUCCAUCUUAACAUGCAUUGUGCGUUAUGUAAGUUCUUCAGUAGCAUGAACAGAUGGGGGGGUGGCAAAAGCUUAAAUCAAUUGGGUGGGGGGGAGAAUUGCAAUCCUGGAUGGCUUCAAAAAUCCUUCUAUUUUUCAUUUCUGAUCCAUUACUAGUUGCUAGGGGUCAGAAUAAUAAAUCUGGUUUUAAAAAGUACAAACCACACUGGCUAUCUAUUUUUCUAUCCUUGAACACAAAGGCCUGGUCCUUGAAUUAACAUUUGUUGGAUAUACCCUGUAUAAUCCUGUCUGGCUUAGAAUGGCAGAUGUUCAGUUUCAAGGUAGCUGUCAUGACAAGAUCUAGCAGGAUCUUGCUAUUCAGCUUCUCUGGAGUUAAACUCCCACCACAGGAGUAACUGGCUAUGCAUACAUUGAGUUAUAGAACAUAUCUACUAUUUCACCCAGCCGAUGUCUGACUUGCUAGCAAAGUUUACUUAUUAUUCCCAAGCUGCCAACCUCCACAUUAAGUGUAUUAUAAACCGAAUAUACGUAUUCAUAUCUGUAUAUAAAUGCUAUUUGACAGACAUCCUCCAUGUGUUAAAUUAGGUUAAGACUUGCCAUCAAUGGGUUAUUUUGGCACAGUGGUGGGCUUAGCGUUAUGUAGGCAGAUGGUGUAACUAAAUCCACAUUUUGUUAUUUCAGAUGAAUAUUUAAUGUGACCUCAAAAGAUUUACAGCUAGUAUUUGUGUUUACUGAUUAGUUUUUAUUAUGUACACUUGUCAUUGUGCCCCAUACUAGUGUUUAGGGUUUGUGAGUAAAUUAAGGGUCCCGUCAGCAGUAAUACUCUAUAAUAUAUAGUGCAAGACUGAUCCUUAAAGUAGUAAUACAGUCUGUAAGAGACCUAAAGAGGACUUUUUUUCUUACUUGGUGUGCCAUCUACACUAUUAUGUUAUAUUCCCACAAUUGGAUUGAUUGUAGGUGUGCAAGUAUUUUGCUUGCUUGUCUACAUGAGAAGCAGUAUGCCAACGCAUUAUUUUUUAUAAUGGGUAUGCACAUUCUGUUAAACUUACUAAAUAUGGUAGAUGUAGGCAAACUACUGUAGGGCAUGCACUGUGUGUAAUUAUAGUUAAGACACUUUUCGAAUGGUCAGUUGAGAAGUGUAGCUUCUUAAACAUGUCUUUCAUGUACGUCAGAUGCAAACUGACCGUAUCUAGAUGGGUAGGCUCAUGGUGACAGCCUAUAUAUACCAAUUAAGUACUAGUCUUGUGGUAAGUGAGCCUCUGCUGUAGACAUGUUUGGUUGUUUUUUUUUUUUAGCGGAUUGUAGUUAAAGUAAUUGUUAAUAAAAACAUUUCAAGUGUUGGCAAUACGAUCAGCACACAGUAGUCAAACUGCUGAACAUAGCUUAACAGAAGAAUGUUUAAAAAAAAUAAAUUAUUAUAAUAUAAAGAAACAUACAAUAAUAAAAGCAUAAGUGCUGGAAAGUCACAUUGAAAUAAAGUGUUUUAACCAUAUAAACACUAAAUUAUACAGUUUUUCCAAAGUGAACAUGUGCAACUACAAUUUUUUUUUUUUUUCUUUGGCCAGGAAAUAUUAUAGCUUGUAUAAUCGGCAAGAAGAAGCUGAUUGAAUAAAUC